UAAUAUCAAAUCCAAAUGGUUAUUAGAGUCUCCCUCCCCUCCCUGGAACACGACAUCAUCAGUGGUGUAUGGAAUAUCUCAGUAUUCACUGGUAGUUGGGUGGGAGAGUCCACGAGAUGAUGGAGGAGUGGAGAUUGACAACUACACCCUCUCUCUCUACCAGGAGGACCAGACUGUGGUCCAGACAACUACUGAGUCUCUGGAGCUACCUCUCUCACUGGACUACUCCACUGUCUACUCCAUCAUCAUCACUGCCAACAACUGUGCUGGCUCAAGUUCCCCUGUAUCUCUGACUAGCAUGGAGGCUGGCUGCAGAGCUCCACUAUCACCAGUCAAUGGUAGUAUUGAGGAGUACAGGAGUACAGAGGAGGGAGCAGAGAUCCAGUUCCACUGUCAUGAUGGAUACACUCCUAAUGAGACGAUGUCAUCUCAAUGUCUCAACUCAUCAUGGUCCCCUCGCCCAAUGGAGUUAGUGUGUGCAAAAAUCUCCAAAACCUUGACAACUUCAUUUUCAAUUCAGGCCCCUCUUCAACCAGUAAUACUACCCCUUCCCCAACCAUUCCCAGUGAAUCCAUUCAACAAAAGCUGGCGGCAGGGCUGGUGUCAGGCCUUCUCUUUGCUAUUGUAUGUGCGUGUAUGGUCAUUAUAGUGGUGUGUCGAUGGAGAUGUUUCACAAGGCUAAAAGUGACACACACUGUACACCAGAACACGUGAGUUUCUACAUACAUUGGACCUGGCCGUGAUUUUUUUCUCCAGUUAUAGUGGUAUGCCCUUGGCACAGUAUUCAGUAAUUGAGAGGAGAAAUUUGGGUUCAGAGUCAGAAUUACGCUCAGACCCACCAGUGGGACAGUACUCUGUUGUUCACAGUGGAUCGCCACAGGACGAGACUCACUUUAACACUGCUACACAGAUAACGGGUAAUGGAGCUUCAGUGUCGGGAGUUUCACCACCGAUACCCCAUCACUCUCCUGUCCUAACCAAUUGUCUGGUGUAUGCCAAGGUGAAUCCUAUGAUCCCAGUUGUCCCACCACCUAAGACCCAGGAUGGACAGAGAGUGGCGUAUGUGACCGUGUGGGCAGAUGCAGUCGUCCCUCCUCUUCCGUCUGACACCAAGAAAAAAGCUGAUGUGAGUGUGAGUUUGGACCAGAUACUCAUUCAGCUGGGAGAGGUGGCCCCAGAUUGGAGGAGACUGGCAGAGUCCCUGGAGAUUGAGGGAAUUGACGACAUUGCUCAAUAUGUGAGCAGUGAGCACGAUGCAAUGGUGGAAGUAGUGGAUGGAUGGCUGAGGAAACUCUAUCCCAAAGUACCCACCUGGAGAGAAAUUGCAGGUGUUGUCGAGGGACUCGGCUACAGUAAUCUUGCUUACUGCCUCAGACAAGUGUAUGUGACUGGUUACCUCCCAAUCGAGGUGUCUAACGCUGUGUCACCGACAGUACCUGUCAGUGCAUCUCCACCUCCCAUUCCUCCUCGCCUCGACCAUGAACCUCUCCCUCCUCGCGACGAUCAGCCUUCAUCACCGUAUCUCUCUCUUCGACAGCACCAGCCUUCCCUCCUUCUUUACAAUGUGGACCAGCCAUCACACCCACUAGAGAACGACAAUGAUGAACUACCUCCUCCUCUACCAGCUAAGCAGUGUUACCUCCCAAUCGAGGUGUCUAACGCUGUGUCACCGACAGUACCUGUCAGUGCAUCUCCACCUCCCCUUCCUCCUCACCUCGACCAUGAACCUCUCCCUCCUCACAACGAUCAGCCUUCAUCACCAUGCCUCUCUCUUCAACAGCACCAGCCUUCCCUCCUUCUUUACAAUGUGGACCAGCCAUCACACCCACUAGAGAACGACAAUCCUCCUCCUCUACCAGCUAAGCUUGGCAGGUUCAGACUAACACAUUAGAUAUUCCACACAAAGACAAAGGGACGGACAGAGGUUUUGAACUUGUAUCACUUCAUCACAGUGGUUCAUUUUUAUUUCAAAUGCAAUUUCUAACUUCAUUGUCACUUCUUUUUCCUGGAAAUUCAAGGUCCUCUCUGUCUACCCUGUCCAGAAUUGUACAUUUUUAGUCCUCUCUGAUGUCGAUGUAUGAUGAGGCUGAUGCUCACGGAGGCACAAUAAAGUUUCCAAAUCGGCAGGAGGAUACUUCUUCCCUAACUGAGCAACUAACGGAACACA